ACCAGGAAAUUAUGAAGACCUAAAGUUCUUCUUGUAUGUCCACCACAAUCUGCCACAUUUGGUCUAUGUACUCCACGGGCUGCAAUUCCAAGAAUAUGUAGCAAGAGAAAGAAUGCUGUUCCAUUUUAAUCCAGAGGACCAUAAAGUACCUCUUAUCUACCUAAGAAGCUGGUAAAAAAAAAGGCCCAGAACGCUCAAAGCCAGCUAAUGGGAUGGAGUUUUUAUAUUCUGCCAUCAGGCAGCUAAGAAAAUUAGAUGAAGAUAGUUUGACAAAACAGCCUGAAGAAGUGUUUGAUGUGUUGGAAAAACUUGGAGAAGGAUCCUAUGGCAGCGUAUUCAAAGCUAUCCAUAAAGAAACCGGCCAAGUUGUUGCAAUUAAGCAAGUUCCUGUUGAAUCUGAUUUGCAGGAGAUUAUUAAGGAGAUAUCAAUAAUGCAACAAUGUGAUAGUCCUCAUGUAGUCAAAUAUUAUGGCAGCUAUUUUAAGAACACGGACCUCUGGAUAGUAAUGGAAUAUUGCGGUGCCGGAUCUGUGUCUGAUAUAAUUCGACUACGAAAUAAAACGUUGAUGGAAGAUGAAAUUUCUACAAUAAUACAAUCAACACUGAAAGGACUGGAAUACCUACAUUUCAUGAGGAAAAUACACCGUGACAUCAAAGCUGGCAACAUAUUACUUAAUACAGAAGGACAUGCUAAACUUGCAGAUUUUGGGGUAGCUGGCCAGCUUACUGAUACUAUGGCAAAAAGAAAUACUGUGAUAGGAACUCCAUUCUGGAUGGCACCUGAAGUGAUCCAAGAAAUUGGAUACAAUUGUCUGGCAGACAUCUGGUCUCUGGGUAUCACUGCCAUUGAAAUGGCUGAAGGAAAACCUCCAUAUGCUGAUAUUCAUCCAAUGAGGGCAAUUUUCAUGAUUCCAACAAAUCCACCACCAACAUUUCGAAAGCCAGAACUAUGGUCAGACGAAUUUACAGAUUUUGUAAAACAGUGUCUUGUGAAGUGUCCAGAACAAAGAGCCACAGCUACGCAGUUGCUUCAGCACCCAUUUGUAAAAAAUGCCAAAGGAGUUUUCAUCUUGCGAGAUAUGAUUAAUGAGGCAAUGGAUAUUAAACUAAAAAUUCAGCAAGCUCAACAGCGUGACAUGUUUCAUGAUGAUGAAGAAAAUUCAGAAGAAGAUGAAAUUGAUUCUAGGACCAUGGUUAGAGCAAGGGGUCAAGAGACAGGGACAAUCAGAGCUGCUUGUGGAAUGAGUGAAGGUGGCAAUACCAUGAUAGAAUACAAUGACACUCUAGCAUCACAAUUAGGAACAAUGGUCAUAAAUGCAGAAGAUGAAGAAGAUGAGGGGACCAUGAAAAGGAGAGAUGAAACCAUGCAGGCUGUCAGACCAUCUUUCCUUGACUAUUUUGAGCAAAAGGAGAAAGAGAAUUGGCAAAACAACUAUGGAAGGCAGGUAUCUGAAAGAUGUUCCUCAGAUUGGAGAGUUCCUCUGGAUGGUGAUUAUGAAUUCUUGAGGAACUGGACAGUUGAAGAACUUCAAAGACGACUUGGGACACUCGAUCCCAUGAUGGAGCAGGAGAUAGAAGAGGUUCGCCAAAGGUAUCAAUCAAAGCGGCAACCAAUUCUAGAUGCCAUUGAAGCAAAGAAAAGACGCCAGCAGAACUUCUGAGGAAAACCUGGCAGUAGAAUAGAUGUCCAUCAUUCCUUACAAUAAACUGUUCUACAAUAAACUGUUCUAUGACUACUGUG